AUGCAGCUUCCAGCGUGGCUUGUGUGGUACAAGAAACCCGACUAUCGGGACAUUAGGGAAUAUGCAACCGAAAUCAGCUCCGGAAGGCGAGCUUUCAGUCCCGAACCACGGGGCAAGAUCACGGUCCCGGCUCGUUUGCGACUAGAGAGGAUCUUGGCCAACAAAACAUGCAGCCCAAUGUCAUUUUACGACUUUUACAUGUACUUGAAAUACAUAGAGUUUUCGCCUGAAAACCUCGAAUUCUACGUCUGGUUCAAAAACUAUGAAAAAGCAUACGAGAGACUGGGCAUCACAGAAAAGGAAGAAGAGAUUUUCCGUGCAACAUUCGCCGACAAGGCAGCUGCAGCCGCGGCUGGACAAGAUACACGCCCGCAAAGUGCAAUCAAGUCAGAUUGGGAACCGGAUCUGGGCGCCGACACCCUGGCACACAUCUCCAAGAUGAUCAGCAUGAACGUGGCCCUCAGCGCAAAGUCGCCCUGCAGCAGCAUGUGCCCGCUCGAGCCGCCGAACGCCAUGUGCAGCGACAAGGCCUCACGCAGCAGCCGGGACUGCAGAUCGACGACGACCAACUCCAACGCCUCGCCCUUCUCGGCCGAGAACAUGUUCAACUCCAACCUGGGCCACGGCGCCGAGCUGCGGGCCGUGGUCAAGACGUACCUGAUGCCCGGGUCCGAGAAGGAGCUCAACGUGCCGCCCGCCACCCGCGACGCCUGCCUGCGCGCCAUCCAGCACUACAUCGCCAGCAGCCAGCGGGUGUCGACGGCCAGCUCCGACAGCGGCACCGAGGCCCGCCACCUGUACUGCCACCCCGACCACCUCCGGCCCGUCGCCGACCACGUCUACGGCCUGCUCAAGAACUGCUCCCACCGCAACUUUGUGCGCCUGGGCGUGUCCAACGGCACCUACGAGACCGUCUGCGUCGCCACCUCGCUGGGCAUAGUCCUGACCGCCGCCGGGUUCCUGUGCAUCCUCCUGCGCGCCCUGUACCCCUUUGUCGGGGCGCACUCGCGCUGGAACGCCUUUGCGCCCUGGCCGCUCUGGUGGAUCGGCAUGGCCUUCAUCCUGUCCGGGCUGCGCGGGAGCUGUUUUUUCCUGCUCCUGUUCUCGCGCCGCCAGCCGCUGCCGUGGGAGAGGUUCGACGACGAAAACGUCAACGGCGGCGAGAGGAGCGGGGCCGCGGACGGGCCCUGUGGCGACCGGGCCGCGGCCGAGGUCCAUCCCGAAUCGGCCCGGGGUGGACGGGGCGCGAUCCUGCAGCGGCUUUCUCGGCUGAUGAUAUUCGACCGCAAGCUCAAGGUCAAGGACACGGCCCUCCGCCGGCUCCAGACAAAGAUUGUGGUUCAGAGCUUGACCGUGGGGGCCUUGUUUGCCAGCACUUGUGUGUUGGUAUUUCUUUGGUUGCCUUGCUGGAUCGAGAACGUGAAACGUUAA